AUGGUUUCAAAGACCACGCGAGCUGCUACUGCAGCAGCAAGAAGGGCGGCUGCACGCAUGCGUGCGGCCGUGAAAAGUGCCUCUCACGCCUCAGCAGCAGGCGAUUCGUCGCCUGUUGUCGUGAACCCUUCACGUGGUGAGUCACCACGUGCGGCAGGUACAUCCGUUGCGUCUGCAGCAGGUACCUCGAAUUGUAGACCAGACGAGUCUGAGAUAGAGCUCAUCUAUUCCGGCGAGUCGGAUGAUGCAUCCGACUCGAAGGCGACUCCUCACGCCUCGAAUCACCCGUGGCGGGCACUGCCAGAGCCAGGUCGACUGUCUCUGGUCAACGCGGCGGUAUUAUGA